AUGCCGCGAGGAAAGUACGUUAACCACAAGGGGCGCAAUCGCAACUUUACCAAUCCGGAAGAGCUAGAGGCUCAACGAAAGAAGGACGAGGAGGAAAAAAAAUGGCGCAAGACACGAGAACACGGCUCGGGCGAUGACGAUGAAGACGACGAGGACAAUGAAGACGGGGACGAAGAUGAUUCGGACGCAUCGGAAUCCGAUGAUGAAAAUGCUAAAGGUGCACAGUCAGUGAUACAGAUUCAAAACCCAAACCGUGUGGCAAAAAAGUCACACCGAAAGGUGAACGAGGUUGAAGAGGACGAAGAGCCACAGUUGACACGUCGAGAGAAGGAGGAACUGGAAAAGCAGCGGGCAGCAGCGGCGUAUCAAAAACGGCACGCAGAAGGCAAAACCGCACAGGCGAAAGCUGAUCUGGCACGAUUGGCAAUCAUCAAGCAGCACCGUGCAGAAGCAGCGGCAAGACGUGAGGCUGAGAAGAAAGACAAAGAAGCUAAAAUGAAGAGCGCCGCUUCUUAG